GAAUUGUUUUUUUUCCACCAACUGACCCCUGGGUCGGCCUUCUUCCUGCCGAAAGGGGGGAUUAUAUAUACUCGGUUAGUCAAAUUCAUGCAGGGGGAGUACGCGAAGAGGGGAUUCCGGGAAGUAGUGUCCCCGAAUGUGUACAGCAGUAAGUUGUGGGAGACGUCCGGUCAUUGGCAGCACUAUUCGGUGGUGUGGAUUGUCACAUUGAUAGGAUAAUAUGUUUAAAUUCACUUGUGAUGACACUCAGUUCGGUCUCAAGCCAAUGAACUGUCCUGGCCACUGGUAUUGGAGUGUGUCUUAUGUGUAGUCUCAUGUUUAAUUUCAGAACUCGUUCUUACCGAGAACUGCCUUUGAGAUUGGCUGAGUUUGGAGUUUUGCACAGAAACGAGAUUUCGGGGGCACUUUCUGGGCUGACGAGAGUGAGGAGAUUCCAACAAGACGACGCCCACAUUUUCUGCGAGUAUUCCCAACUGGAGAGUGAGAUCUCUGCUUGUCUCGAGUUCGCCAUGUUCGUUUACAGCAAACUGGGAUUCAAAAAAUUCGAGUUGUUUCUCUCCACUCGCCCUGAUGACUAUUUGGGGGAUCUGCACGUGUGGGAGGACGCCGAAGCAGUAUCGUAUUUUGUUAGGUCAUAGCAACUCACGAGGGCUCUUAAUAGGUCAGGGUUUGACUUCAAGGUCAAUCCGAAGGACGGAGCCUUCUACGGUCCCAAGAUUGAUAUUUGCAUGUUCGACGUGAUGGGGCGAUCUCAUCAAUGUGGGACAAUUCAGUUGGACUUUAAUUUGCCCAGUCGGUUCAACCUUCUCUACACAUCGUUGGUGUGUUGUGGUUAUUUCCAGAGACCAACAAACGGAGAAAAGACCAGUGAUGAUCCACAGAGCAAUUCUCGGUUCACUUGA